UGCUGUCAUGUGACCGAUACUCAGCCAUCUUGUGGAAAAACGAAGGUAGAGAGAGAGAGAGCUACACAACUCGAUUUUACAAACCUUGUGCUGUCACAACAAGUAGAGAACUUCAAGGAAGAAUGGCCGAAACCCAAACACUUAACUUUGGACCAGAAUGGCUCCGUGCCCUCUCUGGAGGUGGUAGCAGCAGUGGUGGUGGAAGCAGCAGCUCUGUUGCCUCUCCACCCCUCUCACCUGCUUUGCCAAAGUAUAAACUUGCAGACUAUCGCUAUGGGAGAGAAGAAAUGUUAGCACUUUACAUAAAGGAUAACAAGAUCCCUAUAGACCUACAUGAUAAGGAGUUUCUGCCCAUAUUGCAAGAGGAGCCUUUGCCGCCUCUGGCACUUGUGUCUUUUACCGAGGAGGAACAGAGAAAUUUUUCCAUGUCUGUAAACAGUGCAGCUGUACUUAGGCGAGGAGGCAGUGCAAUAGCAGGGACAGCAAGAGGCCGGAGUACCUCAAGGGGUAGAGGCCGGGGAAGAGGAGAUGGAGGGUUUUACCAAAGAAGUUUUGAUGAUGUGGAAGUUUUUGGCCGUGGAGGGAGGGAGAUGCACCGCUCCCAAAGCUGGGAAGAAAGGGGAGAUAGAAGGUUUGAAAAGCCAGGUCGAAAAGACCCUGAUGUUGCUCCUGGGCAUUUUCAGUUGAAUCACAUCCGAGGAAACUACGAGGAUUGUGGGACAGGCCUUCCAAGGAAGCACGACUUUACACGUUCAGAGAGCGAGAACUGGCGUACUUCUCGUGAUGAUCAGAACGGUGAGGAUGAUGAGGGGGGCUGGCGCCUGGCAGGUUCUCGAAGGGACAGUGACCGUUGGUGUCCCCUGAGCCCAGAUGGACCUCGGUCAGCAGUGUGGCGGGAACACCCAGACCAGCGUCGCCGUUUUCCAUUUGAUGCAAGAGAAGAUGAGCGUGCAUUCAGGAGGCCACGGUCAGGCAGCGGCAGCCUGGAAGAUGAGAGGGACAGCCUGCCAGAGUGGUGUCUGGAGGAUGCAGACGAAGAGGCGGGUACCUUCGACUCCUCAGGGGCCUUUCUCUCACUGAAGAAAGCCUCCAAAGAGCCAAUCCUGGAAGAGGCAGAGCUCGAUUUCAAGCCCCUGGAAGAGUGUGAGGAGGGCCUGGGCGACGAGGACAGUCAGCCCGACGAGACCAAAGAAACAGAAACAGAGGCCAAGAGAGAAGCCGACCAAAAAGAGUUGGCCAGGGUGUCAGAGGAGACUCCACCUAUUGCUCCCCCAGUCUCAGAGCCCCAGGUUCCUGCCCAGUCUGUGUCUUCGAGUCAGUCUAACAGAACAGAAGAGACAGAGAGGCCAGAUGAACAGCAGCCACCCCUAGAGCUCCUGCCAGAACCUGGCAAAGCCCUCCUGCAUGUCCCCAUGUCUAACAGCAUGCUGGAGUCCCUGCCCAUGAUCCACAUUUCUACCACCCUCACAGAAGUGUCUGCUCCAUCACCCAUUGUCAAACUACCCCAGCAAAAGGCCAUAGAGGUUCCUGUGGCGCUGAACAAUCCUCGGUCCUUCCCUUCAAGUAUAAUGGCACCUAUUGGCAGGCCUACCACUUUGCCACAUGACACAGAUGAAGAUGAGGGACUGAAACACUUUGAGCGGGAAGCUGAAAAGAUGGUAGCAUACUUACAGGACGGUGUGGUGGAUGAUGACAGACUUCCAGCAAAGACUAAAGAGAAGCCCAAACCUGCAGGCCUACUGCUCACCCAUGAAGCUGCUCUCAAGUGGUUUUAUAAAGACCCCCAGGGGGAGAUACAGGGUCCAUUCAGUAACCAGGAGAUGACAGAGUGGUUUCAGGCUGGUUACUUUACAAUGUCUCUAUUAGUCAAAAGAGGAUGUGACGAAGUAUUCCAACCUCUGGGAGAGAUCAUGAAGAUUUGGGGAAGGAUACCAUUCGCUCCAGGUCCUGCACCUCCACCUCUGCAGGGUGAUGGUGAUCAAGAGAGGCUGAAGAGGCACCAGGAGCUCACUGCUCUCAACCUUUACCAGUUACAGCAGCUCCAAUAUCAAUACCUCCUCAGGCAGCAGUAUGCUCAGGCCCUGGCUCAGCAGAAAGCAGCAGCGCUUAGCUCGGCUCCUCUGCAGCAGCAGCAGCAGCACCAACAGCAGAUUAAUCUGCUUCUUCAGCAAUACCAGGCACUCAAGCUAAGAGCAUCUGAGAGCCUUCUACCUCCUGUUACUCGGUCCCUGUCUGUACCAGACUCUGGUUCUGUGUGGGAAAUGCAGAACCCAUCCUCUCAGGCUUCUUGCACACCAAACAUCCAACAAGCUGCUCCAAGCACAUGGGAUGGCAGCAGCGUGUGGGAUUUACCUAUAGACUCCAUGGCACAGGCUCCAACCAUUGAGCAGAUGCAACAGUUAGAAAAGUCAAAGUCUGCGAAGUUGGAACUAGAGAGGCGUGAAGCAGAAAUGAAAGCCAAAAGAGAGGAAGAGGAGAGGAAACGGCUGGAGGAGACCCUGAGGGCACGUCAGGAGGAAGAACGCAAACGGAUAGAAGAAGAGGAGCUGGCACGGCAAAAACAGGAAGAGGCUUUAAGACUGCAGCGAGAGCAAGAAGAGGCACAGCGCAGGCAAAAAGAAGAAGAGGAGAGACUGGCACAGGAGGAGGCUCUCCGAAGAUUAGAGGAGAGGCGGAGGGAAGAGGAGGAGCGAAAGAAACGGGAAGAGUUCCUUCGCAAACAGGAGGAGGAGCGCAGAAAGCAGGAAGAACUUGAAGCACUGAGGCGUGAAGAGGAGAAGCGCGCGGAGGAAGAGGCAGCAGCUGCUGCGGUGGCAGCUGCCUUAGCCCAACAGCAACAGGAGGAGCAGAAGAGGAGAGAGCAUGAGGCCCAGAGACAACAGGAGCUGCAGAGACAGCGGCAGCAGCAACAAGAGGCCCUCAGGAGACUUCAACAACAGCAGCAGCAGCAGCAGCUUGCACAAAUGAAGCUUCCAUCCUCUUCAAAGUGGGGCCAGCAGUCAGCCAACGCUAUAAACCAGACUCAUAAUGCCCUGUCACUGGCUGAGAUCCAGAAACUGGAAGAGGAGCGAGAACGACAAGCACAGGAGGAGCAGCGACGCCAGCAACAAGAGCUUGUGAAGCUACAGCAGCAGCAGGCCCUGCAACAGGCUCAGCAGCCUCAAGCCAAGUUAUCUGGUUGGGGUAACAUGGCUAAACAGCCAGUUGCUACAAAGUCUUUGCUGGAGAUUCAGAGGGAGGAAGCCCAGCAGAUGAAACAGCGGAAGGACCAGCAGCAGCAGCAGCAGCAGCAGCAACACCACCACCCCAUUGCCACCCAACAAACCAACAGUCAGAACAGAAUUACAUCUCUGAGCAGCUCAGUGUGGGGGUCUGUCAAUACCUGCACUAACUGGGGCACAGACUCCAGCAGUAUCUGGGGGGACACCCACAGCUCUAACAUGGGCUUCUGGGAUGAGGCAGUGAAGGAGGCUGUUCAGCAACCUCCUCAAACCAGGAAAGUAAACGUGCCGAAGAACAACAAAGGCAGCACCAACCUCAGUAACUCUUUGAGUGGGCGAGCCAACAAGAAGGUAGAAGAGGAGGAGAAGCUGCUAAAACUAUUCCAAGGGGUCAGUAAGAGUCAGCAGGACACCUUCAUGCAAUGGUGUGAGCAAACCCUGCACACCCUUAACACAGCCAACAAUUUGGAUGUGCCUACGUUUGCAUCUUUUCUGAAAGAGGUGGACUCUCCAUAUGAGGUACAUGACUACGUCAGGGCCUAUCUGGGGGACACUCCUGAGGCUAAGGACUUUGCCAAGCAGUUCCUAGAACGUCGUGCCAAACAGAACACUAACCAACAGAAACAGGCACAACAAAACCAACAGCAAGCCCUCAAACAGCAACAGGAUUCUGUAUGGGGUGGAACAGGAUCUUCGUCAGUCUACCAGUCCAACCAUACGAGUGGCCAGCAACAGCGCUUUGAGACUGUCACCUCAGGGAAGAAGAAAAAGAAGCAGAAGAUGGUUCGUGCAGACCCCAGCCUUCUAGGUUUUUCUGUGAAUGCAUCAUCUGAGAGAUUGAAUAUGGGAGAGAUUGAGACUUUGAAGGACUUGUAAGGGACUGCAGCCAAGCAAACUCCACUGACUGUAUCCAAAUUGAACAGCAGCUUUUUUUUUUUAUCCCUUUAUUUUGGGUUUCCCUUCACAUAUUCCAGACAGUGAUUUCUAUGGUAGGGACAUGUAAUCUGAUGAAAACACAAGGAAAAAUGUACUGGAGAACACUGGCCAGCCAAGUGAGCAAUCACCAAAUAAAUUCAAGUUUCUGAAGGAAGUCUCCAGAAACAUUGACAUGUUCUGUUGCAGAAAGUCAAAGUGACAACAAAUUUCAAACUUGGUCUCCAUUGUAUUAUUUUUUGUUAAUGUGUAUAUAUAUAUAAUGGGUAUUAUUGAAAGGUGGGAGAAACUAUGCCAUAUCACCUGUUUUUAUUUAUUUAAAGUUACCCUUACACCUAACACCCCUUCCCUUCCUGUUUUCUGCUGGGUGUUCCUGGAUAAUGAUGGCAAAAUAGGGCUGAGGAUUUAUGGCCACUUAUGUCCUGUUUUAAGGACAUGCUAAAGAGUACCAAGUAGUUAUAUCUAUUUCUUGUAAAAUACUAGGCUGUUUAAAGAAUAAACUUUCAUCUCUGCAUCUGUAUUAUAAUAUAUGAAAAUGAUCUGCUGGAGUCAUACUUUUUUAUUGCAGUAUGAAAUAAUAAAAUGGUCUGAUGUG